AUGGCAAAUAGAUUUCAGCGAGUUCUCGGUGAGUUUUACGGAAGAAACCAUUUCUUUUUUAACUUCCGACUUUCAGACCAAGCAACAGACAGUACGCUGGUUGAACCGAACUGGGAAGGCAUCAUAACAUGCACCGACAUGAUCCGAUCUGGGGAAGUUCCGUAUGUUUUGUGUAAGCAUUUCACCUUCUUGAGAAACUAAACACUUUCAGCGCGAAACCAUCGCUUCAAGCUAUCCGAAAACGACUUCAGCAUGAGAAUCCGCACGUCGUCAAUCACACUCUUCUCGUUCUGGAUGCUUGUGUCAAAAAUUGCGGACAUAAAGUACAUUCUGAAGUGGCCACUCGCGAGUUCAUGGAAGAUUUCAAGAAUCUGGUCACUGAGAACAAGUACGAAGAGGUUUGCUUAUACUGAGUUUUCCCAAUUGGUUAUUUGUGUAUUUUCAGGUGAAAAAUAAGUCUUUGGAAAUGCUUCAGUGUUGGGCCACGGCGUUUGCGAACAAGCCUGAAUACAAAAUGGUCGUGGACACCCACAAUCUCAUGAAACUGGCUGGAUUCGACUUUCCGUCGCUCAAGGAGGCCGACGCCAUGUUCAUGGCUCAAGUGGCUCCCGAAUGGGCCGAGGGGCCGGAGUGCUAUCGCUGUCGCUCCGUGUUCACAGUAUUUACGAGAAAACAUCAUUGCCGUGCGUGCGGACAAAUUUUCUGCGAUAAGUGCAGUUCCAGAGAAAUGACUCUUCCUCAGUUCGGAAUCGAGAAAGAAGUCCGUGUCUGCGAGACGUGUUUCGAGAAGAGAGUUGCCGAGUUGAAGGAUAAGAAUCCUAUUCUGAAAAAGAGAUAUGCUGCAGCCACUGUGAGCAAAGGACCAACCCCUGGAGAGUCGGAAAGUGAAAAGGCUGCGAAAGAGAAACUGUUGAGAGAGAAAGAAGAGGAAGACCUCGCUCUCGCAAUCGCAAUCAGUCAGAGCGAGGCAGAAGCCAAGGAGAAAGAAAAACAGAGCAACCUUUACUCAAUCUACAACGGAAUAAAGCCUGAUGGCGAACUUGGCGGAUACAAGGGAGUGGCCGAGAGCAACGCGCCCCCAGCGGCCGACGACGUUAGCGCCGAUCCACUGGCGAGGUAUCUCAACAGAGAUUACUGGCAACAGAAAAAAGAAGGAAAAGUGGAUGAAUGGGCCACCACCUCGACUAUCGGAGCUCUCUCUGCAACUGCCCCGCCGCCUUCCGAACCAUCUGUGGCUCCCUCGAUCUGCUCCACUCUGAUGGCUCCUGACGACAAUUCCCUGAAUGCAGACAUUGCUGCCAUGUCCUUGGGCGGCACUAGUGUGCUCAACGGAUCGGUGAGCGACGAUGCGCGUGUGCAGGCGGAUGACACGAUGAAAUGGUGCCAGUCGAUCAGAGAGCAAGUCUCUGUGAUGGACAACCGAAUCCGAUCGAACCUGGCGAGAGGACGACCCGUCUUCAAUGACUCGGCCAUUCAGGAUCUGUUCACAAAACUGACGGAGCUGCAUUCGCACGUUCUCAGCCGAAUGCACACUCUUGACGAGCAGCGGGGAUAUUAUGAGAGUCUGCAGGACCAUUUGUCGAACAUAGGAGAAGCGAGACAGGCAAUCGACGAGAUGAGAGAGGAGCAUGAACGAAAGAGACAAGAACGACUGGCCGAAGAGCAGAGACUGCGGCAGGCACAGAUGCAGCAGACACUCGAGAUGAUGCGGAUGAAGAAGCACGUGAGUUACAACUUCUGACUGCCAAAUUUUUAACAUUCACUGAAAACUUUCUUUAGGCGAUGCUGAUGGAACAACGGGAGCAGGCUCUGCACAGAUUCCAGCAGCAACAGCAAGAGAUGGCUUUACGUCGACAGCAGCAGGCCUACUACAACCCGCAAAUGGGAUACGCAGCUCCGCCAGGACAGCCCCAACAACAACAACAACAACAACAACAACCGUAUUACCCAUAUGCGCAAGGACAGGCGGCUCUCAAUCAAUAUCAGCAGCCUCUCCAGCAACAACAGCCGUACUAUCAACACUAUCAAACCCCGCCAGUUGCUCCUACUCCAUCGAACGGUCAUCCACAGGCUCCUCCCUCGCAACAGCAACAACAGCCACAUGCCCAGCAUUAUCAGCAACAAUAUCAGCAGUUCUAUCCGCAACAAGGUUACCAGCAGCCUCAGCCGCAAGGAGGUUUGUCGAAAACUUUAAUGAAUUGACAACUAAUAAGAGAUUAGAAAGUUCAGGAUACCCACAGCAACAUCAGCAACAACCACAACAGCAUCAAGGGUAUCCGAGCGGAAUGGAAAAUGGACAAUACGCGCCUCAAAAAAAUUCUGGAGAACUGAAGCAAGAACAGCAUGGAUACCAGGCGCCUACUGCCAACGGACAUAACGGAUACGGGAACGGUGAGUGAAAUGUGCUUGAGACUAACCGGGAACGACAAAUGGGUUUGCAGUCGAAGCAGUCGCCCAUCCGCCGCAGCCGCCGAUGGCCGAGCAGCCACUGAUUUCCUUCGACUAA